UAAGACUACAUUAUCCAGCAGGCUUUCUUCCCGUGACUGACUUGAGCCACCUGUAGGUAUCGGUAGGAAGCAGCGUUACAUUAGUACCUCCUCUCUCUCUCUCUCUCUCUCUCGCUCGCUGCUAACCCCCACCCUCCUCGCUAGGUCACCUUCACCCUCCGAGCUUACCUGUAUCCUCGCUCGUUACCUGUCUCCUUCCUGGUAUCCUUCUCUCUCUCUCUCUCCCUCUCUCUCGUGAACCUUCACGCUCCCUGGUUUACCUUUCCCACUCGCUGGUUGUCUCAGGUUACCUCCCACCCCCACUCCCACCUGUGCUGGUUACCUGUGUGGAGGGUGCGGUGAGCGCAAUGCAUGUUCCCGGGUGGCUGAGGAUUGUCUUUCUGGCCGUCUCGUUGCUGUGCUGUGCGCUGUUGCUCAGGACGCUGUCAGCGGGGGGUGGGCGGAAGGUAGACCGGCUCCGGGCAGCCUCGGCUGCGGACUUCACCCCCGGGGAGAACGAGAGGCUUCUCUCCAACCUGCGAGCAGCCGUGCAGAUACCCACCGUCUCUCUCGCCCGCGCCCAGCCCGACACGGCGGCCAUGGAGGCAUUCAGGGACUAUCUCCCACAAGCCUUUCCCGGCGUCUUCUCCUCGGACCUGGUGAGGCACGAGAUCAUCGCCAACUACAGCCACUUGUUCACCGUGCGGGGGUCAGACCCCGGGCUCCGGCCGUACAUCCUGACCGCCCACCUGGAUGUGGUUCCCGUGGCGGAGGAAAAAUGGGACUUCCCGCCGUUUUCCGGGGAAGAGAGUGACGGCUAUUUGUACGGACGCGGCACUUUGGACGACAAAGCAUCGGCUGUGGGAAUACUUCAAGCUCUGGAGUUCCUCCUGAACAGAGGCUACGUCCCUCGCAGGGCUUUCUACGUUGCGAUUGGACAUGACGAGGAGGUCGGUGGUGAUAACGGAGCCAGGAAUAUCGCUGCUACGCUGGAGUCCAGAGGUGUGAAACUCUCCUUCCUCCUGGAUGAAGGUUCAGUGAUUUUGGACCACAUUAUCCCGGGCCUGAAGAAACCUGUUGCAGUCAUCGCUGUGACUGAGAAGGGACAAGCGUUGUUCAGCCUGAAAGUCAACACACAGACCGGCCAUUCCUCCAUGCCUAUGAGGGAGUCCAGCAUUGGCAUUCUGGCCUCCGCUGUCUCCAGAUUGGAAAAGAAGCCGAUGCCAAGGAUGUUUGGCCUGGGGCCAGAGCUGGCUAUGUUUGAGCAAUUAGGCCCCGAGAUGUCUUUUCCCCUGAAUAUCAUCAUGGCCAACCUGUGGUUAUUUGCCCCAAUCAUCAGCAGGACAUUGGAAAAGAAUCCAAGUAUGAAUGCCUUAGUCCGGACCACCACUGCAGUGACUGAAUUCCAUGCGGGAAUUAAGCCCAAUGUGUUGCCUCCGACAGCAAACGCUACAUUGAAUUUCCGUAUCCAUCCAGCGCACUCUGUUCAAGGGCUUAUUGAGGAGAUGCGGUACACCAUCGAUGACGAUAGAGUGAAGAUUGACCUUCUGUAUGGCUUUGACCCACUUCCCACCAGCCCUCACGAUGAGUUGGCCUUUGGGUAUCAGAUCAUCAGGACCACUGUGGAGAAUGUGUUCCCAGAGGUUUUUGUCAUUCCAGGUCUUUCCGUUGCAAACACAGAUACUCGUCAUUAUCAGCACCUGACUGAAGGUUUGUAUCGAUUUGUCCCACUCUGGAUUACUCAGGAAGACACCGGCAGGAUUCACGGCCCGAAUGAAAGGAUAUCCGUGAAGAACUACGAGGAAAUCGUGCGGUUUUACUUCCACCUGAUACAGAAUUCUGACCUCAACCUGCGGCUUAAUGUACACAGCAGCGGCCACGAGCUGUAGAGAUCAGGACUGCGAACAGGAACUGGGUCAAUGUUGUUGUUAUAAUCCAGAUGUCUCUGAAACAGCUUCUUUGUUCUGUACCAACAUCAACCAGACUCUUGAUCUGAAUUGUCCGGUCUGAAUCGAUUCUUACGUCCGUCCAGUACUUGGCGAGGACGGUUCUUUUGAUGGAAAACCCCUUCAAACUUCCUUUCGAGAAGUUCCUAGAAUUUGUCAUUUUGUUUUUUGGAUCAUUUCUUUAAUUUGUCAAAGAAUAUCAAAUGCAGGAAACGACGCCAAACAACUGGAUCCUGUUCCAAGAUCUAAUUAAAAGAUUCUGAUAAAUCUCUGCGCUCGUUCCAGCACGAGAAGAGUUGCAGAUGUAAUGUGAGCACUAAAUCCUUUCCGGGGAACGAGUGCUGGCAAAAGGAGCCGCAAGACACACGUCAAGGUUCAGCGGAUAAUUAAGAAGGUCUUCUGAUUUAUAAUUACAGUGUGCGCGGGUGUUUGAUUGUUUGUGUGUGUGAUUUUGUGUUUGAUUGUGUGUGUGUGUGUGUGUUGCAGUUGUUUAAUGUCACGUCAUGUUGUUUAAUGUCUGUUGGCAGUUGCUUUUUCUUAAGAUCAGAAAUCGUCCGAGUGAAAUGUUGCAUUUUGUUCUGCGGCAGAAAGCGUUUUCCUUUUUUGUUUCGUCCAGAAACAAUACCCGAAGCAAUGUUUUUGAACAAAGUCCCAUUUUGAUUAAAAACUUCAAACCUUA